CGAGGGCGCGGUGCAGGGCCCGCGGAGCGCUGCGGGGCGGGGCCCGGUAUUUGCAAGGGAGAGAAAAGCCCGACAGAACCCGGUGCCUGCAUGCCAUGGUGUUGGGGCACUCUCGUCCACCCCUGUGCCUGCGGUGACGUGACACGCCAUUGUGACAUCAUCCCUUCCCUUGUGAUGUAACCCAGAGGCGAGACUAUCGGGGAGUGUUAGGCUGUGGGGCCUCCCGAGGUCUCGUGGCCUCCCACCCCCUUUCCACCCGUAGAAUGGCCUCACCCCUUCGGGGAAAGACCGCUUCGCCCCUGGUGGAAACCACCCGCUACAAGGAGACAUCGACGGUCCGCGUGGAGACCUCGUCCCACCGCGUGGAGACCUCCUCCCGGCGGGUGCACACGUCUUCCCGGCAGGUGGAGACCACCCAGGUCCCCUCUGGGAAGCGGCUUCCUCGCAUCCUCGAGGUGUCCUCCCAGCACGUGGAGACCUCCUCGCAGCGCACAGAAACGUCCUCCCGCCACGUCAGGGCCUCGUCCUUGCGCGUGGAGACGUCUCUGCACCGCGUGGAGAGCCCUCCCCGGAGGGACAAGACGGCAGCCAGCCAGAAUGUAAAAAUGUCCCGAUGAAACACUUCCCAAAGGCCACGAAAGGGCCAUGGCCCUCGGCCAGGACCACAUUGCCUCCAGUUUGCAGCCACCAAGCUGCCAGGUGGACCAAUCAGAGCAACCGCCUAUACAUCAGCCUAAGAAAGGCCAAUCUGCAGUUUCCGGACUCAGCCAACAUUUAUUGCCCACGCUGCACCUUGGACCUCCCUGCCUUUGACCCAGGCAACUGUUUUAACUGGAAGCCAGCACAAGUGUCCAGGUCCAUUCUCCUGUAUAAAUUGAGUUGAUGGAUAAGAGGCUGUUUGAACCUCUGAACCAGUUGACCUUCAUGGUACAGAUGGAAAAACUGAAGUCCAGAGAAGCCAAAAUAACUUGCCACCACUAUCCACUUGCAACCACUAUUUACUGCCUCCCAGGAUGGUUUCUUUUGAUAACCAUAUAAAGGUGGCCUCAUCUGGGCUGAUCUCCCGAGAAAUGGCGGGAGUGACCAGGCUGUCCCUCAGUGACCCCCUCCAAUGAAGUGCUCCCAGCUCUCCACCUUCAGAACAAAUGGACCUGCUUGUCCUGGCAGUGGGGGAUGUGGGUCCCCAAAGUCCAGAUGUGGAUAGCAGAGGGGCCCACAGCGGUGACCGCAGCUCAGCCUCUCUUCCUGCUCCGAGCCCCUGGCCCGAGGUGGCAGAAAGAGCUCCCUUCUCAGGCGGAACCCACUUGUCCCGGUGGAUGCAGUGGAUGCGCGGCCACCAGCACUCCAUGGUGCGGCAGGGACAGAGCGGGCUGGCGCACUGCCCACUUCCAGUGGCGUUGAAGGUUCCUAGGCACCUGGGGAGAUUUCAGGAAGACUUCAGAAAGGCAGCUGACCUCGCGGGAAGUCGGCGCAGAUGCACGUGGGAGCCUGCGGCCGGCGAGUUGCCGACUCCGGGCACUGGACCUGCUGCUCGUCACUGAGGCAGGCGGUCUCCGCUGUCACCUCGCAGAUACCGUGGACCUUGCAAUUGGAGGCUGUUAAAAGCUAGAAACUCAGACAUCGAGUUCUAGCUUCUCAUUUUCUUUAGACCAUUUUUAACACUCAUCUCUUUUAAAAAUGAUUAUAAAGUAGUGCAUGCCUAUUCUAAAAUAUUUGGAAAUACAGAAAGAUAAAAAUAUAUAACCCUGUAAGGUCACCAAAGAUAACUGCUGCUCUAUUUCCACCUCAACUUUUUUCCUGUGGUCAUGUAUGUUUUUAUUAUCAUAAAAACACAUAUAAUUUGUAUCUGUUUUAUUCACUUUAAAUAUAAGCAUUUUCAACAUAAAAAUGUUCUUUAUAAACACUUCUAAUGAGUGCAAAAGCGUGUUCUGAGUGGAUACACCAUGAAUAUUUACUGUUACCUAAAUAUUGGGCAUUUUAUAUUUUCAGUUCUUCGAGAGCAUAAAGACACAUUGAAGUAAACAUCUUUUAAACAUACAUCUUUGUCCACAGUUUGACUUUUCCGUUAGGUUCGAUUCCUACUCCUAGGAUAUAUAAGCAUGUUUUGCGUGUGUAUUUCUACUUUGCUUCCCAGAGGCUGAACUAAUGCUUGCCCACCUUACAACACAACCAACUACACCAAAAAAUACCACUUUAAAAACAUUUACCGAUUCGAAAGGCAAUUAGACUAUCGAUUCCUUUUACCAGGUGAACGGAGACUUGGUGAGGGAAAGGGACACGCCUAGGGUCACCAUAGGAGUGUGUGACCUCAUUCCACCCUCACGACAGCCUGUAGUCGUAGUGGAGGAGCUGAAGCACAUCGACGAGGUCACCUGCCCAGACCCACACUCAGCUCAUCAGCCGAGAGGCCUGAGUGUGACCCAUGUGGGCCACCCCAGGUCCCAUGUACUCAGAGCUGCUGUUCCCAAAUAGGUGCUGAAAGGUGGUUUGGGGCCAAGAGAUGAAGGGACUUGGGUUUGGAUUUACCCUGUAGGCAGAGGGGCGCCAUGAAGCAUCAAGGCUGUGUUUUACAAAGAUGUUUUUGGUGGACUGGCCUGGGGAGGCUGGAGAGAGGGCGGCCAGUUGGGGAGAUACGACAUGCAGAUGAUGUGAACAACAAAGGGACUGCCCAGACGCGUGUGGGCUGUGGGCUGUGGGCAGUCGGGAGCGUCAGGGGUCCAGGGAGGCCUCCCGCUGUGUCCUUUCCACUUGGCAAGGGCCAUGUUUAUCUGCUACACGUCAGGCAAAACCUGUGCCAACCACCAAAGACUCCACCUCAAGUCUAGCAAAUAAGAGAGAGGACGGUAUGGAUUACGUUAUAUUUAAAACAAGCCCACACAAUGCCUGUAAUUUUUUAUCCUGACUCCGUAAUUAUAGCUGGAGACCAGUUA